CUUAUGUUUAAACCUGACGCACCAAGACAGCAGCCGUUCCUGAACUAAACUGACAGAGGUUGAGAUGACGUACUCCACCAAAACUCUUGCUGCUGGCAGUUUUGGGAAGGUAUACAAGGAGAAGUACAAUGACACCUGGGCUGCAAUCAAGAAGGUGCCACAACACUUAAUCAAUAGGAGAGACCUGGAGAGAGAGUGUCAAGUAUACAAAAAGGCAAUUCAUCCUAACAUAGUGAAGCUUCUGGGUAAUCCAACACUCAAGGACUCAAAGUGGAUCAUCCCCAUGGAGUUCAUCUUUGGAGAGGAACUGGAGACAACCAUCUUCAAAUCACAAAAAUCUAAAAUACAGUUGACUCCAUCUAUAAAGGCCACCAUCAUCACAGGCAUGUGUGAAGGACUGCUUCACCUACACAGCAAAGACAUCGUCCAUCAGGACCUCAAGCCCGAAAACAUCAUGGUAGAGCAUGACACUCACAGAGCUGUGAUCAUUGAUAUGGGACUUGCCAAAUUCUUCCGCAAUGGCCUAAAUUCUGCCAUGGAUAUGGGCAAUGAGGCCUACUCUCCACCUGAGGUCCUGCAGAGGAGGGGCCAGAGAGAUCAGCGCUCGGACGUGUGGGCUAUGGGUAAAAUCAUUACCGAACUUUAUGCCAGAGUCAGGCUGUACACCCCCAGUGUCUGUCCAACUAAGAUCCAGGAGACCCUCAGUCUCCAAGGCCAGCAGUACUGUAACGCUGUCUGUAGGAUGGUGCAGAGAGACCCCACAGUGCGGGCCACCAUGGCCGGAAUCAUGCCGGAGAUACAAAGGGCAGGGAUAGAUAGCAGUGCCGGCAACACCGGGGGGGAAAAAAGAGGACAUCUUCUGACACCCUUUCCUCACACUCAGGUAAAAGACACCUUGCCACGUCCUCAAGCUCCUGUACAGCACUCACUUUCUCCAUCGAGAUUUGAGCGCAAUGCUUUACCAAGGUCUGAGGCCAAGACGCUAGUGGGGCCUCCUGCGCGAGCGCCUUCUCCAUCGAGAUGGGAGCGUACAGCUUCUCCAAAGCCUGAGGCCAAGACGCUAAUGCGAGCUCCUGUGCGAGCACCUUCUCCAUCGAGAUGGGAGCAUACAGCUUCUCCAAAGCCUGAGGUCAAGACGCUAGUGCGAGAUCCUGUGCGAGCACCUUCUCCAUCGAGAUGGGAGCAUACAGCUUCUCCAAAGCCUGAGGUCAAGACGCUAGUGCGAGAUCCUGUGCGAGCACCUUCUCCAUCGAGAUGGGAGCGUACAGCUUCUCCGAAGCCUGAGGUCAAGACGCUAGUGCGAGCUCCUGCGCGAGCACCUUCUCCAUCGAGAUGGGAGCGUAUAGCUUCUCCAAAGCCUGAGGUCAAGACGCUAGUGCGAGCUCCUGUGCGAGCACCUUCUCCAUCGAGAUGGGAGCGUGCAGCCUUGCCAAAGACUGAGUUGAAGUUUGAGGUGAAGACAACACUGCAACCACAACCCGUACAGCGUUCACCUUCCCCGUCAAGAUGGGAUCGAGCAGCCUUGCCAAAGCCUGAGGUCAAGAACUCACCAACUCCCCUUCCAAAAGGUAGACCGUGGUAAUACUCUGGUUCGAUCAGGCAUAGCUCAACCCAAUCAGCAUGUCAUGAAACAGCUUCUCUACAAAGAGGCGUCGAGGGAUCUCUCAUGCCCACUCCCAACAACAGGCGGGGUGCGAAUCCGCCGUUAUGAGCAAAGGAAUGGGGAAGUGGAGACUUGGGAGCAAAAGGAGGUGGAGACUGAAGGAGGGAGGAUAGUCAAGUUUGAGGAUGUGAAGUUUAACAAGAAGUCGUGAGUAGGUUACUGACAGUUUGUGAAAUAGUAGGGAGUUGAUUUGACUCUGCUUCUCCAGAGCAACAACAAUAAAAGUUGUAUUGCACUAUUAAGAAGGAAACCUGAGGUUGAGUAAGGAUUCAAGAAUGAUGUUGAAGGACUAUAUCACUUUACAGUAUUGCUACAAUGUUGCACAUCUGGUUAGGUGCCAGUUUGCAGAGGAAACUGGAGUCAAAUAACUAUCUGUGAAUGUUUCUGAAAUCUCAUCCCUCUUGCAAAUCAGUUUUAUCUUUAGCUUGAUAUCAUUCAUUUGACUGUGAACAUAGUAAAAAAUAUUUUUGUAUCUUCUAAGACAAGAGAUCUUACAAUUAGCUUACAAUUAAGAAUUAAAGUCAUAUUUUCACAAA